AUGGUCUCAAUUUCCGCCGACCAACCGGCGUCGGAAAGCGCUGCGACGGCCGCCCCAACAAACUCGCACCAACAGGCAUUGUACUCCUCGGAGACGGCAUCCUCGAAUCUGCUCGGGUCAGACUCUCCCUCCCAAUAUUCGUCCUUCUCCAGCUCCGAUAGCGACGAACCACUGAGCGACGAACCCAUCCCGCACUCGACCGAGGUCACCGAUGAAGAUGCCGCCGGCGACGUGGUGGGGGUUAGCAUCGGACGCGAGCAGAGCCGCAUGAAGGCCCGAGCAACCCCCGUGGAAGAGAAGAAUCGCGUGCUGGAACACCAGGGAUCAUAUUUUUCGACUAUACCGGAUACUAUAGGCGAGGAUGGUCUGUUUGCGUCGGAACUCACGGCCGAGCCUGAAACGGUGGAGCCCAAGGUUGAAAAAGCACCAGCACCAAAACCAAAACGAGCACCAACAUCGGCACCAAGACCAGCAACGGGCGGGGAGAGGCGCGAACAUAAACCUAGGCCGUCAUACUCCUCCGCACAGUAUGAUGAGCCUGAACCAGGCAAGCUUGCGCAUGGCCCUCGCAGCGAUCUAUUUGCCUCGGCUCAUGAGAAAACCGGGUCGAAAGAUGCAGCCGGGAGCCAGCGGUCUGGUUUUGUCGGGGCCUUGUUGAAGAAUUCAUUACCUCGCCGGCCACGUGCCUGGUCCAACGAGUUGAAGAAAUUCCUACCUGACCUGACCUCUUUGAGGAAACGGCCUUCUCUCGCGUUCCGUGCCCACAAUGGCCAAAAUCGAAUUCGCAGCCAGACGGUAGCCCCUGCAGCUAAAAAACCCUUGAGCCAGCCGAAAAGAACAUCAUCGCUGGUCCUGCACCCGCAACGGUCACCUCUUGCACCGAGCGGUUCAAGCAUCGAGGAUGAAGGAGAAGCCGCUCAGUCGAUACCUGAGCUGCGCUCGCCAGAUGGGACCUCGGCCGCGAAACAUUCCUUUACACGGCGGCCUAGUUCAGUCAUGCCCGGUCGACCGCCAAGUUUGCGGAGGUCCUCGUCGGAUCAAUCGCUGUAUCUGCGUGCGUCUUCCACGGCAUCGUCCCUUGAACAGCGACCAUUAUACGAGAAUGUACAUUCUCAGGUAAAUAGCCGGUUCAAGGCAAUCAAAGAUAGUUUCCAAGACUCGAGUAAUAGGCUGCUCAGCAUGCCGAAUCUCCAUCUGCAGGAUAUCCGCAAUGAGUGGGGUCAAUUCCUGCCAGAGCUUGGAAACGGUAACAACAACGGUGCUAGUAGUACUUCCAAAGAGGAACAAUCACCGCGGGCUGAAAGCCCACCGCCAACUCCGCGGCAUAAUCCUAACUCAUCACAUCCAGUCUUGGAAGAAGCAAUGGAAGAGCUCACGGGCGAUGUUGUGAUCCUAGGAGGUUACCGGGGAUCAAUUUUGCGGUCUGCUAAGCCACCCCAUCGUCAACUUUGGGUGCCGAUGAAGGUUGGUCUGAAUCUGCGCAAAGUGGACUUGGAGGUCGGCCUGAAACCGGAGGACGAGGAACACAUGGAGGAGACCAUCAUUCCAUCCGGGGUUCUGUCCCACGUGGGCCCGGUGGACGUCUGUCGACGAUUGAUGAAGCGGUUACGCAGGAGCGAGAAUGCCCAGCGUGGUGAAAUGCGCGUCCACGAUUAUGGAUAUGACUGGCGUCUAAGCCCCGAGCUGCUCUCGCGCAGGCUCAUCGCCUUCCUAGAGAGCCUGCCAUGCAAUCAGGAGCCUUCGCCGGGGGAGCCCCGACGCGGCGCUAUCGUCAUCGCGCACAGCCUAGGCGGUCUCAUCACCCGACACGCGGUCAACGAGCGACCAGAUCUCUUCGCCGGAGUCGUAUACGCAGGCGUACCACAGCACUGCGUGAACAUCCUCGGACCACUCCGCAAUGGCGACGACGUCCUCAUCAGCUCCCGCGUGCUAACAGCCCAAGUAAACUUCACCUUCCGCACAAGUUUCGCCCUCCUCCCCGAAGACGGGCACUGUUUCAUCGACAAACAAAGCAAAAAGGAAUUCCGCAUCGACUUCUUCAACGCUCAAACCUGGGAAGAUUACCGUCUCUCUCCUUGCAUGGCUCCAGCUCUCCCCGUACCCCCAACACCCACCACCCUCGGCUUCAAAGACAUCCCCAUAAUCGGCAAGCGCUUCUCCAUGGGUCCUCGCGAUGACUCCGACGAAUCCAUCACCCAAGACCCACACCAUGUCACACAAGACGGACACCACUCUACUGCCGCAGUAGAUAAAGACGUCUCCGCCCGUAACAACAACUCACCACACAGCGCGGCCGCAUACGCCGCAUACGCAUCUGAAAAAGCCCACGACCCAGCCGACGGCUUAGUCGGACCAGGCGCACACCCGCGCAGCAGCACCACCACAACCUCCAAAAUCGCCACGACGUGCACCAUCCCGCACGCCGCCGCGAGGGAGUACCUAGAGCGCACGCUGGCAGAGACAAAGCGGUUCAAGGAGAACCUGGCGUUCCGGCCGACACUCCACUCGGAGAACAGGUACCCGCCUGCCGCUGUGCUGUACGGCAAGACGCUGCCGACUGUGUACGGAGCGCGAGUCGUGUCGCGUGAGACUAUCAAGCAGGUCGAUGCGUACGAUGAUCUUGCGUUUGCGGCUGGUGAUGGUGUUUGUCUUGCUUCGGCUGCUAUGUUGCCGCCUGGAUAUAGGAUUAUUAAAGAUGGUCUGGUGAAGAGUGAACGGGGCCAUGUUGGAUUACUUGGUGAUCUUGAGGGCGUUGGGCAGUGUCUCAAGGCUAUUCAUCGGGGUAGGAAGGAGGGAGUUGGAUUGGGGGAGAAGAACAUAUAA